AAAACGUAAAAAAUUAUGAAAAAUGUGAUAAGGAAUUCCACAUUUUUUUGGGGGGGUCAUGUGACACGUUUUCAAACGCAGGUAUCUCCGGUAUGCAGAAAACCAUCAAUCAUUCAUAACGUAUCAUUUCACUUCAUCUUAUUAACGCCAUCUACCCAUCUUUUUCCAUCCCUCUUUCCUCUCUUCUCUCAUCCCUCUCUCUGUUCUUCUCAGCAUCACUGCUCGCUGCACACACCCCAGCAGGACAGUACUGUCCUCUCCUCUCUUCUCUCAUCCCUCCUUCUUAAAACUGAAGUAAUCUCAUUUCAUCCUACAACCCUAACCAGAUUCUCUCUCUCCUCCUUAUACGCGUUCAUAAACAAAUAUCUAACCUCUGUCCGAAACCCUUCCUCCCCCUGGUUUCACGCUGCAUGCUGCGUGCUCUGCUGCGUGUCCCAAGAAGAGGUAGUAGAAGUAGAGGUAGCCCCCGAGGCAGCCCCAGAGGAGGAGGUAGAGGAAGAGGAGGUAGAGGAGGAGGCAGAACCCGAGCCUGAGCCUGAGCCUGAGGUUGUAGAGGAGGAAGAGGCCUAUGAAGAGGAAGUCGAGGAAGGAGAACAAGAUGAGGAGAAGCCCAAGUUCAAAGUCCCUAAGGUCCCUGAUGGCGAGAAGGUGGACUUUGACGACCUCCAUAAGAAGCGUCAGAACAAAGACCUGAUUGAGCUGCAGGGGCUGAUCGACGUCCAUUUUGAGAACAGGAAGAAGGAGGAGGAGGAGCUUAUCGCCCUCAAGUCCAGAAUUGAGAAACGCAGGUCAGAGAGGGCUGAGAUCCAGAGGGUACGCACUGAGAAGGACAAGGAACGCCAGGCCAGACGUGAGGAGGAGAGACUGAAGAAGGAGGAGAUGGAUCAAAGGAGAAAGGCUGAUGAUGACGCUAAGAAGAAGUCAGCUCUGACCAACAUGGGCUCCAGCUAUAGCAGCUCACUGCAGAAGGCCGACACUAAGAGAGGAGGUAAGAAGCAGACUGAGAGAGAGAAGAAGAAGAAGAUCCUAGCGGAGCGACGCAAACCUCUCAACAUCGACCAUCUGAACGAGGACAAGCUAAAGGACAAGGCCAAGGAUCUAUGGGAGUGGAUGCACCUACUGGAGUCUGAGAAGUAUGAGCACAUUGAGAAACUCAAGAGGCAGAAGUAUGAGGUCAUCUCUCUCAGAAAUCGUAUUGAUGAGCUUCAGAAACACAGCAAGAAGGGAGCCGCAGCCCGCCGCAGAAAGUAAACUGCGCCGCCCUCAGAGGCCUCAGCACCGGCGUGCGUCCGCCAUGCUGCCCACUUCUGUACCGGCAGGGACAACUGCCUCUGCCUCUGCCCGCAACAGCCAUCCAGACCCCGGCUAGACCCACGUCAUGGAACCGACAAGAUACACUGGAUGUCCUACGGUCUGCUUUCGUGUUAUGUGAAUUAUGUUGUCACAGUCGCAUUCUUCUCAUGUCCUGUCCUCUCACAACGGACUGUUGUUAGGUUCUCAUGUCCUGUCCUCUCACACCGGACUGUUAGGUUCUCAUCGUAUUUUUUUUGUAAAUAAAAAAGAGUGACGCUUCA